UUUGUGCCUGGCUACAAACUAGCUAGGGAGGGCUAUGAUGUGGUGACACUGCAGAGCAAAGGGGCCUAUGAGAUCAACAUAGCUUCUCUCCCAAAGGAGUUCAACAUAGCUUCUCUCCCAAAGGAGUUCAACAUAGCUUCUCUCCCAAAGGAGUACAAGUCCAACAGCAGUGACCCGUACCAGCAGUUCAUUGACACUUAUGGAACCCACUACAUUCACCCGGUGGACCUUGGGGGGAGGAUGAAGAGGGUGACUGGAAUCCGCACCUGCUUGGCCACCCUGAACCAGGUGUCUGUGUCCCAGGGAGAGGCAGACUGA